CAGGCUCUGUCUGGUUCUUUCAUUUGUGCAGGAAUCGGGUUUUGCUUGAAAUUUUACACAGAACUGACUUGUUUGUUUUUUGGUUUCAGCUUCAUGUUUCCUGUCCCAGGUGGAAUGAGACCUCCUCAAGCAGGCCUGAUGCCGAUGCAGCAGCAAGGAUUUCCUAUGGUCUCUGUCAUGCAGCCCAACAUGCAAGGCAUGAUGGGAAUGAAUUACAGCUCUCAAAUGUCCCAAGGACCCAUUGCGCUGCAGGCAGGAAUACCGAUGGGACCAAUGCCAGCAGCGGGUGUGCCUUUCCUGGGGCAGCCACCAUUCCUGGGCAUGCGUCCUGCAGGCCCACAGUACACACCAGACAUGCAGAAGCAGUUUGCGGAAGAGCAACAAAAACGAUUUGAACAGCAACAAAAACUCUUGGAAGAAGAAAGAAAAAGACGCCAGUUUGAAGAGCAAAAACAAAAGCUCAGACUUCUGAGUAGUGUGAAACCCAAGACAGGGGAGAAGAAUAGAGAUGAUGCUUUGGAAGCCAUAAAAGGAAACUUGGAUGGGUUUUCCAGAGAUGCUAAGAUGCACCCAACUCCAGCAUCACACCCCAAGAAACCAGAUUGCCCCACGUCAUCUCAUUCUGCUAAAACUGUCUCCCCAUCAUCUGCCUUUGUUGACGAAGACGAAUUCAGUGACUUUAUGCAGGGGCCCGUUGAGGCCCCCCCUUGCGGGCCUUCCUCCACAGCCCAGCCCUUUCAGUCUCUCCUUCCCAGCACCCCACUCGGCCAGUUGCACACACAGAAGGCUGGGGCCCAGCCUCUCCCUCCAGGUCAGGUUCCAGCGUCCUUUGCCUUACGCGGUGGCCACGGGCAGACGCCUUGUCUCUCUGCUGCCUCAGCUUCACACAGUGUGCAGAAAGCAGGCCCUUCCCUGGAAGAGAAGCUCCUAUUAUCUUGUGAUUUAAGUCCAUCUGGGCAGGAACAAAUUAAAUUAAACACUCCUGGGCACAAAGCCGUAGUCCCAGGUUCCAGUAAGAACCGUCCUGGUUUAACAGCCCGUACCGGGCGUGCUGUAGACGGAUGUGUGAGUGGUUCCACCACUGCAGAGGCAGAAAAGACUCCAGAUCCAAACCUGUCAAACGAAGAGAGUGGUGUGGCCGUGUUUCCCUCUCAGGAUCCUGUUCAACCCAGAAUGCCGCCUUGGAUUUACAACGAGAGUUUGGUUCCAGAUGCCUAUAAGAAAAUUUUAGAAACCACAAUGACUCCAACCGGAAUAGAUACGGCUAAACUUUAUCCCAUUCUGAUGUCAUCUGGACUUCCCAGGGAAACCCUCGGGCAGAUAUGGGCCUUAGCUAAUCGAACUACACCUGGCAAGCUCACGAAGGAAGAACUUUAUACCGUUCUCGCCAUGGUAGCGGUAACACAGAGAGGUGUGCCUGCCAUGAGCCCCGAUGCUUUGAACCAGUUCCCUGCGGCUCCCAUUCCUACCUUAAGUGGCUUUCCCAUGACUCUGCCGACCCCAGUGAGCCAGCCAGUGUCCUCUGGCCCUGCAGGCUCCAUGCCCCUCACCCUUGGACAGCCCAUCAUGGGCAUUAACCUUGUUGGACCAGUAGGUGGAGCUGCAGCGCCAACUACCAGUAGCUUCAUGCCAGCCUAUCCCACAAACCAGGUGGGAAAGACAGAAGAAGAUGACUUCCAGGAUUUUCAAGAUGCUUCGAAGCCAGGAUCCAUUGAUGAUUCUUUCACUGACUUCCAGGAGGUGCCUGCUUCCUCAAAAACCAGUAAUCCCCAGCACGGAAACAGUGCUCCAUCACUGUUGAUACCGCUUCCUGGAGCUAAAGCCUCCACAGAUAAAUACGCAGUGUUUAAAGGGAUUUCCACUGACAAGCCCUCUGAAAAGCCGGCUUCAUUUGGAGAGUCUGGAGAUAAAUACAGUGCUUUCAGGGAGCUUGAGCAAACAACAGAGAGUAAGCCUUUGGGAGAGAGCUUUGCCGAUUUCAGAUCCACAGGAGCCGAUGACGGCUUCACCGACUUCAAGACCGCCGAUAGCGUGUCACCCCUAGAGCCACCAACAAAAGACGCUUUCCCAGCAGCCUUUCCCUCUGGAGCUGCCCAGCAGAGACAGACACAGGCAAAAACCCCCCUGAACUUAGCAGACCUAGAUAUGUUCUCUUCGGUGAAUUGCAGUGUUGAGAAACCGGUGCCCUUUUCAGCUGCAGUUAGCACGUCAGUUUCCACGAGACCCCAGCUGCCAGGUGCUGCGGCAGCCUCAGCAGCACUGGCAUCCACUAAAACUUGUAGCUUGGCAGAUGAUUUUGGGGAGUUCAACCUCUUCGGGGAGUAUUCGAAUCCUGCAUCUGUUGGGGAGCCGGACGACUUUGCGGAUUUCAUGGCUUUUGGUAACAGCUCUAUUUCAUCUGAGCCAAAAGCAGACGACAAAUAUGACGCCCUCAGAGAGGAGGCAAGUGCCAGCCCCUUGGCCAGCAGCACAGUGGAGGGCGCACAGAACCCACCUGCCGUGUCUACCAAGUACGAUGUCUUCAAACAGCUUUCCCUAGAGGGAGCUGGACUGGCCAUCGAGGAAUUCAAAGAGAACACUCCUUCUGCAAAGAGUGACGAUGACUUUGCUGACUUCCACUCCAGUAAAUUUUCAUCCACGAGCUCAGACAAAUCCCUGGGAGAGAAAGCGGUGGCUUUCAGACACGCCAAAGAAGACUCUGCCUCAGUGAAGUCUUUAGACCUCCCCUCCAUCGGUGGCAGCAGUGUUGGCAAAGAGGACUCUGAAGAUGCUCUUUCUGUUCAGUUUGACAUGAAACUGGCUGAUGUGGGAGGAGAUCUUAAGCAUGUCAUGUCUGAUAGCUCUUUGGAUUUACCAACAGUUAGUGGUCAACAUCCUCCUGCCGCAGGCACGGCCUCGGCCAGUGAGGACGCUCUUCCAGAGGCUCCCUUCCCAGCUUUCGCCAGCUUUAAAGACGUGAUGCCUCAGGCCGCUGAGCAGGAGUAUGAAAGUGGGGACUUGCAGGAUUUCACGAGGCAGGACCUGCCCAUAGCGGAACUGAGCCGAGAGACCGCAUGCCCAAGUCCAGCGUCCAGCAUCGCCUCUCACGAAACCCCCAAGGAGGGCGCAGAUGACUUUGGAGAGUUUCAGAGUGAAAAGCCCAAAAUCAGCAAAUUUGACUUUUUAGUAGCCAAUUCACAGAGCAAAAUGAAGUCCAGUGAAGAAAUGAUCAAAAGCGAGCUGGCAACCUUUGACCUUUCUGUUCAAGGAUCACACAAGAGGAGCUUGAGCCUUGGGGAUAAAGAAAUAAGCCGGUCGUCUCCUUCUCCAGCCAUGGAACAGCCUUUCAGAGACCGUUCCAACACUCUGAGUGAGAAGGCGGUGCUGCCUGUCAUCCGGGACAAGUACAAAGAUCUGACUGGCGAGGUGGAGGAAAAUGAGAGAUACGCAUACGAGUGGCAGCGAUGCCUGGGGAGCGCCCUGGAUGUCAUUAAGAAGGCAAAUGACACCUUAAAUGGCAUUAGCAGCAGUGCUGUUUGCACAGAAGUUAUCCAGUCAGUGCAAGGCAUGGAAUAUCUUCUAGGUGUCGUGGAAGUGUACCGCGUAACCAAGCGUGUGGAACUGGGGAUAAAAGCCACCGCUGUGUGUAGUGAGAAACUCCAGCAGUUGCUGAAAGACAUUGAUAAAGUGUGGAACAACCUAAUCGGCUUCAUGUCGCUCGCCACACUCACACCAGAUGAAAAUUCACUGGAUUUUUCCUCCUGUAUGUUACGACCUGGGAUUAAAAACGCUCAGGAGCUGGCUUGCGGGGUGUGUCUCUUAAAUGUGGACUCUAGGAGCCGGAAAGAAGAGAAGCCUGCAGAAGAACAGCCUAAAAAAGCAUUCAAUUCAGAAACGGAUAGCUUCAAGCUGGCCUAUGGAGGACACCAGUAUCACGCCAGCUGCGCCAACUUCUGGAUCAACUGUGUUGAACCCAAGCCCCCCGGUCUCCUCCUGCCAGACCUGCUCUGAAGAGCUGCUUGGUGAAGCUGUAGCUGAUGUUUGGUUAUUUCUGUCACAUGACUUGGGGUGACAGGGAUCAAUAAAUAGAAUGCGAGCAC